AGUCAUUAAGUCUGAAAGUCUACAUCGAGAAACAUGAAAAGAAACGAAGGAAGCUUCGAAUUCGUCGUGGGCCUGAAUCGCUAUUGGCUCAAGUGGUUCGGGUUGUGGCCGCACUGUGACAGAUUCUCCUCCCACCGACUGUUCGUCACGCUUCUUAUGGCAAUCAGCCUGUUAAUUCCAAUGACGGCGUGUCUCUUCGAAAGCAACGAUUUUGCCGAUCAUAUUGAAAUCUUGAGUAAACUGAUACCAAUUAUAAUGGUUACCAUCAAAUUAUUCAUCCUGCGAGUGAAACGCAACUACUUGCGCCUCCUUGUUGAAGAGGUGGCCCGAGAUUGGAAGAAUUUCGGUCAACUUGAACUAUACGAGAAAGACGUCAUGAUGAGAUAUGCUAAGCUCGGUAGACUGAUCAACAUCAUCUGCAUUGUCUUCUUAUUUCUUGUUCAAUUGGGUAGGCUGGAUAUGAGAUUUGAACAGAGCGAAGAGAUUGGGUACAGCGCGUACCAAGCCCUAUGGUAUGAUCUUUCACCAGGAACUGCUCGCUUUUUCAUUAUCCUGAUUCUACGGUCUAGAAAGCCUUUUAAUAUUACAGCAGGGAAAUUCUAUAUAAUGUCCAUGUCCUCUUUCAUGAAUAUACUGAAAACUUCAGGAGCAUAUUUGUCCGUUCUGAAGGCAAUAAAGUAA